CUGCAGCUCGGCUUUUAUCCACUGGGUUCCCUGACCAGCAGCAGGCUGGCAGCGGUAGCCGACAUGGCAUCAUAGCAGCUGCGGCAGCUGCCUUGGGUAUGGGCGCGGCGGCCACAGCUGGUGGCUUCCUAUGCGCUAGCGCGGCCGAUGCGCCGGCGCAAGUCGAGGUAGCAGCUGACCCGUACGCCCGGCCAACGGAGGCCCGCCCGCUGCCCUCGCGCAUCACGCUGUACCAAUACGAGGUCUGCCCCUACUGCUGCAAGGUCCGGGCCCUCCUGGACUUCUACAAGCUGCCGUACACCUCGAUCGAGGUCAACCCGUUGACCAAAGGCGAGCUGUCCUGGAGCAGCUAUAAGAAGGUUCCAGUGGUUCAGCUAGAUGACGAAAUAGUCGCUGACAGCUCAGCCAUCAUGUCCCGCCUCGCAACCGACAUCGCCGCUGCCCGGGCCGCUGCCGCGGCCGCGGCCGCCCCACCCGCCGCGGCUGCCGCGCCCGCCGCCGCCCCCGAGUCCUCAGCAGCGCCCGCUAAGAAGAGCAGCGGCGGUUGGUGGUUCUGGAGCAGCAAGGGCAGCGACGAGUCUGACGCAGCGGCCGUGAAGGACCAGGCCCCGGCAGCUGCUGCUCCCGCUCCCGCUGCUGCUGUGUUGUCUGCCGAGUCGGCUGCUGCUGCGCUGGAGGAGGAGGUUCGGUGGCGCAAGUGGGUGGAUGAGAAGCUGGUCAAGGUGCUCACCGCCAACAUCUACCGCAACUGGGACGAGUCCAAGGAGACCUUCAAGUACAUCACCGAGCAGACCAGCUGGAGCUGGGGCACCCGCGAGCUGGCGCGCUGGACCGGCGCCGUCAUGAUGUGGCAGGUGGGCAAGCGCAUGCCCGCAAAGUACGGCAUCGAGGGAGAUCUCCGUGUGGCCCUGUACGACACUGCCAACGACUUUGUGGACAAUGCGCUGCGCGGCCGGCGGUUUGCGGGCGGCGAGCAGCCCAACCUGGCGGAUGUGGCGGCGUUUGGCGUGAUUCGCGCGGUUCGGAAGACGGGUGCGUUCCGGGAUUUGAUGGAGAACAGCCGGCUGGGGCCCUGGUUCGCAGCGAUGGAGGAGGUGGUGGGCGGGUCCUCGCGGAUCAACACGCCCGAGCUGUGAAGGCGGUGAAGGCUGUCAUGUGCUCAUGUAGUGUUGUGUCGUGUUGAUGGGUCACGGGGGUAGUGGCGAGGGGUGUGUGUGGCAAGCGGUGCAAGGGUUGUAGGGCGCAGUGGGCCAACCAUGUUGGGCCGGGUUGCGGAGGGGGUGAAUGGUGAAGUUACGAACUUACGAUCGUGUGCCAAACCUGCAGUGGUGGGGUGUUGGGCUCAUAAAAAGGGCAUUGCUUUAUGGACUGUGCAGGAGGAAUCCAAAACGAGUCACGAAUCAUUCGGACCAUAGCGUGUUGUACCCUGCGUGGGGAGAUAGGCGGUUCAGUGACGACCGUGCACUUGCAAACACGACGCACCUGGUUAGCAUUGGCAGCAACCCAAUGUGGUGACACACAAAUGCUGCUGAUUGGACACGACACACGAGUCAUUUGGUGGGUGGUUACCGAAUACUUUGUACUGCAGGACCAUCGUUCCUUUCCUUUACUGGCAUGUUGGUGUAAUUCCCUCCAGAG